AUGAUCUACACAUUUGUUCAUUCUCCCUUGUGGUAUCUGCAGUGGCUGGAGAAAAAUCCGGACUUGAAUUCUCUAUUGAAGGAUCAAAUCUUCACCCUGAAACAGGAGCUGAGAUUUAUGAGGACUUAUCUUAUAUACUUUGUAAUGUCAAAAGGCAUCCCUUCGGAGUCAAGCUCGCUUAUAUACAAUGUUGAAGCUGCAGUCAUAGAUGCAACAAAGGACCUUUCCAUUUCUUGUUGUAGGGGCCUUAGUGAAGUUGGCCCUGUGAUUUCUCAUAUGCUGGAAAAGGUGAGGGACUGUAAACAAGAAAUCGGCAAAGCUUAUGCCAUUUUGUGGGAACUGCCCUGGAAAUUCAACACUCCCCCACUUCGUCUGUCUGUAUUGGAGUUUCUUGACUCUGUGUUAGAUAACAUUGAUGAUCUGCUGGGGUCAGAAAGUCUAAUUCCUUUUAUCAGGAAAAGCGUUGACAAUCUAAAGCAGAAGCUAAAUUUUAUUAAAAAUUUUCUUGACAUCACUGAGAAGAGAGAAGUUGUGCACCGGAAAAUGGGAGCAUUCGUGAUGUAUGCUCAAGUUGUUGCCACCAGUGCAGCAUGCUUAUUGUAUUGGUGCUGGAUUGAAAAAAUGGACGAAACCAGGGCAUCCAGAAUGGAUGUGAAGUUCUCUGAAUUGAUGCAGCUGAUUAAGCCUUGUACUUCAGAUCAUAUAGAUAUGUAUUUUGAACUUCUCAAAGCUUCAAAUCAUAGAGUAUCAGUAAAGGUUAUUACGGCUGAAGCUGCUAAUUUUGUCAAUUUUCUCCUAGAAAACUCAGAGGCUUCCCUUCAGGAUCAAAUUUCUGCCAUUCGAGAAGGGCUGACACAGCUAUUAAAAUUUUUAAUGCAACUUCCAGAUCAAUACGGAGAAGAUGUGGGACAGAUCUCAACAGAUAUCAAAGUAGUUGCUAAGAAGGCAGGAUCCUUUUGCACCGACAAAGUCAAAGAAGAUCAGCUUGAGGAAGUGAAUUCUUUGCUUUUGAAGUUGCUUCAGAAGAUCACGCUCAUCAAAGAAAAGACAUCCCAGAUACGGCUCCAAUCUUCUGAAACUAUCAUCGUGGAUGAAUUUGUUGACGUUAAUGAGCAGCUGGAGUCCCAAAGCACCUUUUCAGCUGGAGUGGAUGAGCAGGAGAAAGAAGAUGGGAAGCCACUCUUAACACAUUGUGAAACAGUGUCUAGAAAGGUAACAUUGCUUGCUUACUCAAUCCAUGGCAACAGAUUGACAGAAGAGAUGGCAAUAGAAAUGAAUCAUGCUGUUUUAAUAUUAUUGGAAAAGAUUGAAGUCAUUAAGGCAGACAUGUACAUGAUAGGGCAAGAAGUCCCUAAAGCUGACAAGGUGUGCCUUAUGAAGGAUCAAAUUAAAGCUCUUCACGAGGGUCUGAAGUUCCUGAGAAAGUUUCUCAUUGGUCCCAGAAGUAUAGAUGAUAAGAUCAAGGAUGGGAAACUGUUCUUAGCACAUCUUGCAGAUGUCAUUAACGAGUCCUCAUCUCUGAUUUCCUCAUUUUAUGUCAAUCAAACAAAAGAAGAUGUGGCCAAUAUAAUGAAUCUUUCAAUUCUCAAAUUGGUUGGUAAAAUUGAUUUUAUCAAGUCAGAGUUGUUUCUGCUGGAGCUAAAACAUAAUGAGAUCAUGAAGGGUCGAGUUGAACCCCUUCAAGAAGGACUCAGAUUCCUCAGAACAUUUCUCAUGAAUCCACCAAAGAGGUACAAGGAAGAAGGGGAAUUGAUUUGGACAAAAACUGAAGCUUUGGCUAACAACUCGGCAUCUGUGAUUUGCUCAUUUUGUGAAAAUCUGAAUGAAAAGGAGGUGCACGUGCAAAUGAAUCUUGUGAUUCCUGAGUUACUAGAGAAGAUAGUGCUUUUGAAAGAGGAGAUUAGACAAGUUUAUCUCCAAGUUCCUGUAUCAUUGCACUCUAAUCUGCCCGAUGCGCUGGUUUUCAUUAGUUCCCUCUUGGGGAAUGCAAGGACAUUGUUAUAUCGUAAAGCCCAAACAAUUUCUUCUUUGAAGCAUUAUAUCGAGAUGUUACUUGCAGAGUUGGAGUCCUUACUACCAUUCCUUUUGGAUUCAAGGAAACAACGUGAUCAGCAUGAGGAACUGCAAGAUCUUUGGACAUGUAUCUCUGACGUUGCACAUGAGGCCGAAUAUAUGAUUGACUCAUCUGUACUGGGAUAUGAUCCUGAGUGGAACUUUAUGCUAUGGGUUCCUUAUGCCUUUGAAAAGAUAAAAAUCAUCAAGUCAAGAAUCACAGAGAUUUCUGAUGAGAAAAUGCUUGAUAUUGGAGUGGAUAAUGUGAUCGAGAUGAGUUACCAUCCAUUAUGGAAGGCUGGAGACAUGGUCGGUCUUAAGGAUGAGGCAGAUUUCUUAUUGGAUCUACUUGUAAAUGGGCCUCAUGAUGUGGAUGUUUUGUCAAUUGUAGGUCCUUCCGGGCUUGGUAAGACUACUCUUGCCAGGAAAGUUUAUCACAGUGCUGUUGUUGCCUAUCACUUUGCUGUGCAGGCCUGGUGUUGUGUCUCUCAGGGAUAUAGAAGGCGAGAUUUACUUCUUGAUAUUCUAGGCUGUAUUAUUGAAGUUACUGAUGGUAUCAGUGGACUUAAUGAUGACGACAUAUCUACAGUGUUGUAUCAAUGUUUGAAGGGAAGAAGAUACCUUAUUGUUAUAGACAAUUUGUGGGACACUAAAGCAUGGAUUCACUUAAGAGAAUUGCUACCAGAAGAUAAAAAUGGAAGUAGAAUUUUGCUCACCAGCCAACUCCGUUAUGUUGCUCUUCAAGCUAAUCCAAAUAGUGAACCGUAUCCUCUUCGUCUGCUUUCUUCUGAAGAAAGUUGGAACUUACUGCAGCAUAAGACAUUCUCUGAGGAAAACUGCCCUCCAGGGUUGUUGGAAGUUGGAAAACAAAUUUCAGGAAGAUGCAAAGGAAUACCUCUUGCAGUUGUUCUCUUGGCCGGCAUCCUUGAAACAGAAUACACUCUUAACCGUUGGGAACAGGUUUCAAAAUGUUUUCGCUCUGAAUUUUUCAUGGAUAUACUGGAGGAAGUAUUUGAGUUCAGUUACAGGUGCCUACCAGAUUACUUGAGGCCGUGUUUUCUUUACUUCGGAGCAUUUCCAGUAAAUCAAGAAAUUUCAGUUUUCAAGUUGGUCAGACUAUGGAUUGCUGAAGGUUUUCUAGGGGACUCUGAGCUCCGAACUAUGGAGGAUCUUGCAGAGCGUCGCCUGGGAUAUCUAAUUGAUAGAAAUCUGGUAACUGUUGCCAAAAGAAGUUCCAUUGGGGGGAUCAAAGCAUGCCAAGUUCAUGAUUUAUUGUGGAACUUUUGCAUCCAAAAGUCCAAGGAAGAAAACUUUUUGCAGCAGAUACAUGGGUAUGAAUCUACUGUGCUCUCAAGUGCUGCAACAGACGACCCACGUCGGUUAUGCGUUUCUGUUCAAGGAAAGCAUUUCAUCAAGUCAAGGGCUUCAACUCUAGCCACUCCAUGUGCCCGCUGCCUAUUGUGCUCUGUAUCAGGUGAUAUGGAUCCAAAGUUGCCCAAUGAUGUUUCAUUCAUUUCACGCAAUUUUAAACUUCUGAAGAUUCUGGAUAUAGAAUGCAUCAAUAUGGGCAAUUCAUUUCCGGCUGGACUGGAACUGCUCGAACUACUGAGGUAUUUAGCAGUCAGAGGUGGUGUAAAAUCUGUUCCAUCCUGGAUAGCUAACCUCUGGAACCUAGAAACUUUGAUUAUAAGAGGGUCUAGUGGUGAAGUUGCAUUACCAUAUACAUUCUGGUAUAUGCAAAGUUUGAGGCACGUUGAUAUUCUUCCAAGUGUUGCUUUGAGCUGGCAAGACGAUGAGCUUGAAUAUUUAGCUCCACUGCAUAAUAUGCAAUCGUUUUCCACUCCAGCCAUUUCUCUUGGGAAAUAUCCAGAGAUGUUGAUGAGAAUGAUCCCGAAUAUCCGGAAACUAAAUUAUGUCUAUAUUCCCUCAUGGGAUAACAGCAGAAAUUGCUAUCAGUCUCCAGUAUUUGACUGCUUCUUCAAGCUCGAGUCACUCAAGAUAUCUUCAAACGGCAAGCCAUGCUAUCCUCUUCAGUUUAAUUUCCCCUCGACCCUCAAAAAAUUGACAGUGUCAAGAUUUCGCCUACCAUGGAGCGAGGCAUCGAUGAUUGGAAAGCUGCCAAACCUGGAGGUUUUGAAAUUACAGUUUAGGGCCUAUGAGGGAGAAGUGUGGGAAGUGGAAGAAGACGAAUUCCUUAAACUAAAAUAUUUGAAAUUGGACUUAUUGAAUAUUGUUCGAUUUGAGGCUUGUCCAUAUUCAUUUUGUUGUCUUGAGCGACUUGUGUUACAUAGAUGCAAACGACUUGAGGAGAUUCCUUACAGUUUACGGGGAUCCGAGACAUUGGAGAUGAUUGAAGUGCAGUCUUGCGGGCUUUCUGUUGGAGAAUCAGUAAAACGAAUUUUGCAGGAACAACAAGCCUGGGGAAAUUUUGAACUCAAAGUCGUCUUUGACCCCAAGUACAAGUAA